UUUCAAAUACAAUUUAAAAUUAUUUUUAAAAGCAAUUAUGUCUUUAGAUAUUUAGCUUUAUGGACACAGAAUUUGGCUCGACAAGAUUCAUUCUUUUCAUGUUUGGAAAAGGCAUAUCAAAAAUUAAACAGAAUUCAAAAACAGGUUUUAACCAAGCAUGAAGACACAUGGUUCCAAAACAGUUUAAUUUCAAUACAUGAUAACAUAUAGUCUGUGGUAUACCACAACAAAAUGUACACACUUUGUCCAUGUUGAAUCGACGCCUCAAAAACCAUUUAGGUUAGAUGUUGUGACUUUAUCAGAGGUUUGACAGAAAUGACCAUGCAGGGGCCUCAUGUAUUAAGUGUUUUGUGGAUUUCUGACUAAAAGAUAGUGUAUGGUCAAAUCCAGAAAACACCAUACACACAAUUCAGAUGUACUAAAGUGUGAAAGCGUAUUAAUCCAAGCCAAAGUAUACACAGCCUGUAGAAAUGUGCCUAUACCAGCCAUGAAGUUGGUGUGAGGCACUGCACAUUUCCACAUUCAGUAAAGUUCACUCUUGCUAAAUGUCAACUUUGCCGUGAAAAAGCGAGUACACCAGGUUGUUGUGUGUAAUACAUGAGGCCCCUGCUCAGUAGGCUCAAAAAGGUGGGGAAUAACUUUACUAAUUGUCAUGUUUUUGUGUCUACAGUGGAGAUCAAUGACCAUGGAUGAGCAGAACAAAUAUUAUAAUAUGCCUGAGGGGGACCUAUGCUGUCACAGGAGGAGCAGCAAGUGUCAACUGUUCCAGCUCACAAUACAAAACACUAUGCAGUUGUUUAGGGCCACAACCACUAGGGGAACUACAGUACUUACAGUAUCAUAUUUUGUUCAUAUUGCAGUGCCUUAUCGAUAUGUAUAUAUGUCCUGGGUAUGACACUAAACUGGAUCCAGGUGGAGUAGGGAUGUCGUGUGAGGGAUCAGGGGCACCCAUAAAAAGUGCACAGGUGACUUUUGCCAACAAAUCUGUGACUGUUGAGUGUGAUCGGCGCCACAAAACCGAGCAGGCCCUUUAGGCUUCUAGGGUUUUGGAACCUUCAAGUCCAAGUUGUCUUACAACUGGGAUUGAGAACAGCACCAGUUGGGCUGACGCAAUGUAAAUGCAUGCCUCCACUGUAAUUGAGUCAACCAGCAGCUCGCUGCAAGCACCCUAACCAAAACCAACUCGUCUCCCCUCCCAAUGUUGCAGUUGGAUAAGGCAGGUGACCAAAGUGCGUGGGUCUCAGGUUCGCAACUUGUGAGCUACCCUAAAAUAAAAACUCACACAAAGGUUAUCUGUGGCAGAACAAAGUGCCUCAACUUCUGUACCCCACCAAAAAAGUCCUGUGGUGAUGGCAUUCUAGAUGACGGGACAGGCUUGGUCAGCUGGAAGUCCCUAGUCUGGAGCCACACAUAGUGAAGGUCGUUCUGUCCACAAGUUGUGGUGUUGUGGAAGUUAAGCAGCUCCAGGCACAACUGGGCUGACAUAUUUAGAAGUAAGGCAGCCCACUGUGAAUGGAGAGACCCCUGGAAAAGGUGGGGCAAACAAUGGUCACCACAUCCUCCUCCAGACUCAAGCAAUGUACGACUUUGUAGACAUUUCCUUGAGACUGAGAAAGCUUUUCCCUUCCUGGGAAGUUACCUCUCCAGCGAUUGCACUGUGCAGAAGGAUAUCGGCAACAGGAUUCAUGCUGCACAUGCAGCGUUCGGGAGGCUCUCCAAACGUGGCUUCCUAAACUAUAACCUUAGUUUCCACACCAAAAUCUUUGUGUUCUGAGCCAUCGUUCUUUCUGCCCUUCUUUAUGGCUCUGAAGUGUGGCUUCUGUAUCGACGGGAUGUGAAAGCUGGAGCGUUUCCAACAGCAAAAACUUUGUGUGAUCCUAAAUAUCAAAUGGCAAGACCUCGUCACCAAUGAAUUUGUCCGAGGCAACCGCCCGAGCAUCGAGGCAAAGAUGGCACGACACAGCCUCCGCUGGACAGGACACGUCAGAAUGCCCACAACCCGACUCCCUCGAAUCCAUUUUACCACUUGUGUGUGUGUGUGUUUGUGCCUCUAGAUGUCCACCACAGCCGCCAAUACGCUGCACCCAGGCAUCAACCUGUAGAAAAUCUCCAUCCCAUCAGAACGAUGUGGUGUAUGAGAUCUUGCCAGCCCGUCAAGUCACUGCACCUGCACCAAAACCUUCCAAGGCAAAAAGGAGGAAGAGGCAUGAAAAAGAGGACCACAUGAAGAAACCGCCCAAUGCCUUCAUGAUGUUUUUAAAAGAGAACAGGCGAAGCGUGGCAGCUGGGAUGAACAUCAAAACUAGCACCGAAGUCAACACCAUCCUAGGCCAGAUAUGGAGAUCAAUGACAAUGGAUGAGCAGAACAAAUAUUAUAACAUUGCUGAUGAGGAGCUACGUCGCGGAGGAGCAGCAGCAGCACUUUGACGGUGUGACGAGCAAAUUCCGUACUGCUUCUUCUCCAGAAUACUCACCCCUCUAACGACAAAAAUGACAUCCUUAAAACCUUAUUUGACCUUGGAGCACGGGGGAGCCAGGUUAGUGGCAUUUAGGGUCCAAGCCGUUGUAGUAUUAUUGCUGGUAAUGAACUCGCUGACCAGGACAGGGAGGGCGCACGCCUGGCCCAAUCCAAUGUUGACUCCCACUACCAUUCAGCCAAAGCAGCGGUCAGACAGUGGACAGGGGCCGGUCCUAUUCAGCACAAACAAACAGGGAGAAUCUACGGUCAACGGGGAAAGAAGAUCAACCGCACCGCGGACAACAGUCUCUCCAGACAUGAACAGGCAACGCUUGGCCGACUACGCAGUGGGCACCAUCCCAACUUGAAAUAUAUAAAAAUAUCGCAACUUGUAUCCGGCACAUGACCCAGAGGAGCCUCCACACGAUGAUUCGACGACCACCUGAAGGUCCCUCUCCGCUACAACAUUGACCAUGCCAACUGGGAGACUGUCGCCGAAGAUCGCCCUGAGUGGAGACGCACCAUCAUUUAAGUAUCAGGCCGCAUGGAAAAUCAACAACGUUGUAAGGCAGAGACCAAAAGACAACAAUGCAAAGAACGACUUCCCCUUCCCCGCUCACUACCCACACUUGUUCCCAUCUCUUCUGCUCUGCUCUGGGCUUGAGCAGCCACAUCAAACAACGUCACCCCACAAAGUGCAAUUAUUGAGACUCAAAUGAUCUGUUAUAGAAUUAAAAUCACUCGGACAGGAGUGACUGCCUAGAAAUGUUUAUAGUUUUGUGCAUGUAAUGAGGGAAGACCGGUUUGGGGGUUAGUAUUUGAAGAAUUUAUGCACUGCAGAAUAUAUAUGUAUGUAUGUAAUGGGUUAUUUGGACGACCUGGUCACGAGACAAGAUACUGAAAUGCACAUGAAAAAUCUAGACAAAGUGUUGAAAAGACUAAAAAGCCCUAAUUCAAGAGCUAAGAUAAAAGUGCUUUCUUUCAAAAGUGUGUCAUAUUUGGGACAUGUCAUUGAUGCAGAAAGGAUUCACAUAGCAUUUUCUAACUCCACCACUGACUGACGUAAUUUCACUGUCGAGUUAUUAUUGAAAGUUUGUAUCAAAUUGGAUGGAUUUAGAAGUUUGAAAAAAAAAAGUUUGAGUGCCAUAGGAUGUGAC